CAGCUUGAGACCAUGUUACAUUUGUAAAGGUUGUCUACCCUUCCUUGAGUCUGGCACUGCACAAAGUGCAGGCUGUUUUCCAUACAUUUUAUCUUCAAAGUUAAAACAGGAGAUUGGGUGCUUAUUAGUGGCAAACAGUGCACUAUUCAGUGCUGGUACAGCCUCUGUAGAAACAACCUGUCCCAGCUGAACUCAAAAUGGAAUUAGGAAUUUCAGAUGAGAUGUGAGAACAAGGGAGUGCCUUAUGCUACAGCCAGCUUAAGUAUUAAACACAUUUCGUAAGCAAGGAGUACAGCCAACCCUAUCACCACACUUUUAUAAAGCUGACCUCAGUCAGUCCCUACUGAGAUGGGUCUAUGUGAUUUUGUCUCGUAGCUGCUGAAGAGAAUCUCUUGAAGCUUCUUGUUAAGUUCUUUUAAAGAGACAUGUCACAAACUGGACUUAGGAUUUUUCUACUCAUCAGCAUACUGCUGCUGGAUCAAACCAUCAGCCAGGCUUCCAAAUUCAAAGCCAGGAAGCACAGCAAGCGUAGAGUGAAAGAAAAAGAUGACCUAAAGACCCAGAUUGACAAAUUGUGGCGGGAAGUAAAUGCUUUGAAAGAAAUGCAAGCUCUUCAGACAGUCUGUCUUCGUGGGACAAAGGCCCAUAAGAAGUGCUACCUUGUGUCAGAAAGCACCAAACAUUUUCAUGAAGCCAAUGAAGACUGCAUAGCCAAGGGAGGGACACUGGCUAUCCCACGGAAUAAUGAUGAAACAAGCACUCUUCGAGAUUAUGGCAAGAAAAGUAUGCCUAGGGUGUCUGAGUUUUGGUUGGGUAUCAAUGACUUGAUAAAUGAAGGGAAAUUUGUUGAUGUCAAUGGCAUGGUUCUACAGUACUUCAACUGGGAUCGUGCCCAACCAAAUGGGGGGAAGCGUGAAAACUGUGUAUUUUUUUCCCAGUCAUCACAAGGCAAGUGGGUGGACGAAGUCUGCCGUACUGCCAAGAGAUAUAUUUGUGAAUUUCUGAUCCCCUAAUUACAUUUACAAAUGACCAUGACCACAUUUUGGGUUAUUAACAUGCAGUUUUGCUUGUGAGCAUCCCCUCCCACUUUGACAUUGGAGAGUUAAAAAUAUCCAUCCUCUGCAUUGUAUUCAUGCUUUCCUGAGGCAGAAGUUCUCUCUAUUAAUUUAUUUUCUAUUCAGAUGCUAAAAAUGUAAUUUUUAGUGAGUGCUCUCUUUGUGUACAAGAACAUAUAUUGAGUUUUGACCUGCAUUAUAUCAUA